GCUCAGACGUUGGAUGUCGCUGCCCUCCAACUGCCUUCGUCGUGUAAAGCGUAUGAUCAAUACAUUGCAUACAAGGCAAUUCAGCUUCAGCCGCGACUGCCAACUUUGUAUGGGCCAGAAUGACAAGCUCAGCCGACUUACGAGUCCUACAGUCCUAGCUCUGACUGUCAACGAUGAUUAUGUCCCCGACGUAACACAACGGAGUGCUCGCUCACACUGCAUUCUGUCAGCUCUCAGGAACUUCCUGACAAACAUGCCGCAGGUCUAGAACCUCUAACUCUGCGCUACUCCCGUCGGUCUACACCUCAACGGCAAUGUCAGCCUCGCGCCGUCGGGUUCAUAACUCGGUGGUGAAGGUUGACACCGGAGUCGUAAUCCCUCAGGUUCUCUCUUUCUCUCUGACCGCUUGCGGCUUCUUCGAUUUUUCUCUCUGGCGCAGGUCGCAUCAUGGUUCUGAGCAGCCAGUACUUUUCCGCCUUGCUCCAAGCACUCAGCUUGACGCAGGGCCUCUACAAACCAACACCCAGUAGCUCAGGCGCGGACCUUGCAAGCGUUCCGGGAACUUCGUCUGUUGGACAAGGAGACGGAGUGGGGGACGUGAGAUCCGCACAGCCUGUCCUGCAGUCAGACGAUACCCAGGGCGUAUACAGCGAUCCUUGCACGCCGCCGUACUAUCCCGCGCUCGCAGUCGAGAAUCAGACAUUUCCUCCUUUUGACCAAGCGAAGGCCAAUGUGUAUCGAUACAGGCAACAGCAGUCGGUGAAUCUGGGAUCCUGGUUCGUGCACGAGGCUUGGAUGACUCCGUCUGUCUUUGCCUGUGCUUCUGGGCAGCAAUUAUCGGAACUCGACAUCGCGACUGGGUGGAACUCCACAGAUAACGCCAGGAUGGUCUUGGAACAUCACUGGGAUACGUUCAUCAACCAGAGCGAUUUCGAAUACCUGGCGAGCAUUGGGAUCAACACUGUCCGCCUGCCGAUCGGUUAUUGGAGUCUUGGACCUCAAUUCUCACUGGGAACUCCGUUCGAGAAUGUCUCAGACGUCUACCAAAACUCAUGGCCAAGGGUUACACGAGCGAUCAGUAUGGCUGGCCAAGCAGGGAUGGGUGUCUUGGUUGAUCUCCACGGCGCUCCAGGUAGUCAAAAUGGCCAACCUCAUUCUGGUGUCUCCGACGGCGUCACUGGCUUGUUCAACAGUCAAGCCAACAUGAACUUAACGAUAUCGAUUCUAACAUUCUUGGCGGAGCAGCUGGUAAACGUCACCAACGUUGUCGGCAUCGAGAUCCUCAACGAGCCUCAGGAUGACCCGGAACUCCCGAACUUCUGUAACAUGAGGGCGACGUCAAUACAAGCUGCAUCUUUUCCCCUCUACAUCCACGAUGCCUUCGAUCUCGACCAGUUCAGUUCUUACGUAGCGAACAGGACAGAUUUUGUUGUUGUCGAUCACCAUUCCUACUUUGUCUUCACGCCCUCGGACGACGCGGAACCAGCUACUCAACACACCACAGACGUAGAAACCUCAAUCGCUGGUUCUUUCGCUGCCGCGGCUGGGGAGGCACGACGGAACCUUGUGAUUGACGAAUGGUCGUGUGCUCUGACUCCGGAGAGCCUCUCAAGCGUGUCCGAUCCUGACCAAUCACGAAAGGACUUCUGCCAGGGGCAAAUGAACGUCUACGCGAACACGACGGCUGGAUGGGGCUUCUGGGCAUACAACAAAGAAGACUGUUCGGACGAUCCUGGGUGGUGUUUCAAGGCAGCAGUGGGCAACAGUCUUCCAGCAACAUUCUUCUCCUACGGCCAAGGCCCGCUGACGGACCCCAACCAACUUCCUUCACUUGCCGAUCUCAUGGGCGACAUGAGUGCGCCGCCGGCAAGUGUCGUCCUUGCCAGUGCACAGAGUUCGCCCACCAAUGCAUCGUCGAUGGCCAUGAACGAUGUCCAGAGUACCAGUACGCCCUCUAUUACUGAGCGACGAUGGCACUCCCGAGGACGGACUCGAGAUCCUACUUCCUGGAGGCGACACUCGUCUUGGUCGAACAGGAGAGCUCACAAACGAGACUACGACGCAGGCAUGUCUCCUGAACAGCGAGCCAUCGCGAAGGGAUACUCGGACGGGUUCUUCACGGCCAAGAUCUUCGCGCAAUACGGGAUGUCGAAGCUGGGAUUCACUGGGCAAUACAUGAACGACAGUAUCGCAAAACUGGGACCGGGAAUCAUCAAGCCUGGAACCGAGGGGAACUAUCAAGAAUGGUUCAUGAAGGGACUACAGGAUGGGGAGAACAUCGUCAUCUCGCAUGUAGGCCAGACGAACUUGACGAGUACCUGAUGCCCGUUUCUUGGGGUUGCGAGGCCUGCUGUCUUGUACAUACGUGUUCCUUAAAAAUAUGGGUCUGUGGGUU